AUGCUAGCGCGGGAGGCGAGUUCGCGGGAAGAGGAGCUGGUGGCGAUGAAGGUGGUGGAGCUCAAGGAGGAGCUGGGCGAGCGUGCCGAGGCCCUCUCGGGCAACUCAAAGGUGUGGCUGCACCGCCGGCUGCACGCCGCUAUAGUGAGCGAGUAUUUGGAGAGCGCCGCGGGCGCCGACGCGGAGCCAGUAGAAUGUCCAAAAUUUUCGCCGCGCGCCUGCGGCGCGCGACUUUUACCAUUUUGCCCCGGGGGCCCACUUUUGUCGUUUUGCCCCUCAAAUGACAAAUCAACUGCUAGCAGUGCUCUUUUAGCGUUUUGA